GAUUUUUAACACAACGUGAGCACAACACAUGUGGUUAUUGGUAUUGGUUAUGUUGUUAAUGCUUCAUAAAUAAUAAUUAUUAAAACACAUUUUUAUUUCUUAAAAUAUGAGUUCUGAUUCUGAAUUAAGCGACAGUGAUGUCGAACUUCAAGAAGCUCUACUGGAAGGAAGAUUAAAGCCUGGGUUAAAUAAAGUAGAGAAGGUGCCAAAAAAAUUCAUAAAUAAUGUAAGUGGUCUUAAACAAAAAGUUGAAGAAUUAAAACUUAAUCUGCCUUGGAUUGAAAGACUUGACUGUACAAGUUCACAAGCCCCAUUAGCACCAGAAUUCGCAGCUCAAAUGUUAAUUCAUGAAGAAAAAAGGAGUAACCAAUUGAAAAAUAAUAAGAAACUUCCCCAAUUUAGUCCAUCUGAAGACCCAGUACUUAACGAUUUUAAAAGAGAAAUUAUGUUUCAAAGGCAGGCACAGGCUACGAUUCUAGAAGCUAUACCUAAACUAAAAGCAAUGGGAAUUUCUACGAAACGACCAGAUGACUACUUUGCAGAAAUGGCAAAAACAGAUGCACAUAUGCAUAAAAUUCGAGAACAACUACAGAAAAAACAAGAACAACAAAAAAGAAUUGAAAGAGUAAAACAGCUAAGGCAACAAAGAAAAGAUGGAAAGAUGUUACAAAUUCAAACAAAAUUACAAAGGUCUCAAGAAAAGAAAGAAAUGCUUGCACAGGUGAAGAAAGUCCGGAAAGGCGUGAGCAAAAAUCUCGAUUUUCUUGAUGGUAAGAAUAAACCUUCCAAAAAGAUUAUUGAAAAACGCAAAAUGAAAGAUAAAAAAUUUGGUUUUGGGGGUAAAAAAAGAGGUAUGAAGAAAAAUACUAGAGAAAGCGCAGGUGAUAUUAGUGAAUAUAAGAGUCCAGGAAAACCAGGCAAGAAAUUUAACCAAAAUCAACCAGGACAGAAAUUUAAUCAAAAUCAAGCAAGACAGAAAUUUACCAAUAAAAAUAAAGGAAAGAGUAACAGAAUGGGGAAAAAUAGACGAAUGAAAAUGAAGACAAAAAGCAAAAAAUAAAAUGUAAACAGUUUUUAGUUAUUAAAGUGUUUAUGGUCUGUAAUUUUUCUUCCUAAAUACUGAAACAUUGUGUGGCAACUCACCAUAUACCUAUUUCAAAAGCUAAAUUAGCAACCUAAUUGAUGGAUUACAGUUUUUAACUAAUAAAAAACAUGUAGAAUUUCUUUAAUAAGUUAUGAAAAUGUUUGUUUUUAUUAUUAAACCAAAACUUUCUAUUUAU